AAGUCACCUUGAUACCUGCACAAAGUUGACAGCCGGCACACUCGAGCGCAAUGGUGCAGGGGGGAGUAUGGUGCGAGCGGCCCCUCAUGGAGACGUUGACCCAUUCGGAUCAAAACGGACUGAAACGCAAAGAGGUUUCACACACGACACAGAUCACAAUAUGCAAGUGCUCAUCUGUGGUGUCUUGUAUAGAAACAUGCUCGGGAUCCUGAAGUCACCUAUGGCCAACACAGACAGGAAGUCUUUGAAAAGGCGCCUAUGCACGUGGCUGUCAUGACGUACCUGGGCUUUGGCAUCGUCACCCUCUUUGGCUACUUCAGAGACUUCCUCAGAGCUGUGGGCUUAGAGAAGCGCAAUCUUGCACAGGAACGAGUAGAACAGAAGGAUUUUGUACCACUUUAUCAAGACUUUGAAAACUUCUACACUCGAAACCUGUAUAUGAGAGUACGAGACAAUUGGAACCGGCCGCUAUGCAGCCUGCCAGGACCCGUCUUUGACCUGAUGGAGAGAGUUUCUGACGACUACAACUGGACGUUUCGAUUAACUGGCCGGACAAUACACAACGUCAUCAACAUGGGCUCCUACAACUACCUCGGCUUUGCAGAGAACAAUGCCGAUCACCUUGAAACGGUGGCAGACAAAGCACGCCAGUACGGGCUCGGCGUUUGUAGCACACGGCAGGAAACAGGUACCUUGGAUAUUCACAUAGAGCUUGAAGAACAAAUGGCCCGUUUCCUUGGAGUGGAGUCCACCAUGGUGUUUGGGAUGGGUUUUGCCACAAACUCCAUGAACAUUCCUGCACUUGUUGGCAAGGGCUGUUUGAUCCUGAGUGAUGAGCUCAACCACACUUCUCUCAUCUUAGGGGCUCGAUUGUCAGGAGCAACCAUCAAGGUGUUCAAACACAAUGACAUGGUCCAUUUAGAGAAGCAGUUAAGAGACUCAAUCUGCUCAGGGCAACCUCGAACUCACAGGCCCUGGAGGAAAAUCCUGAUUAUGGUGGAAGGCAUCUAUAGCAUGGAGGGCUCAGUGGUACGACUGCCCGAACUGAUUGCACUGAAGAAGAAAUAUAAGGCAUGUCUGUACCUGGAUGAAGCUCACAGCAUCGGUGCAGUGGGGCCAGGAGGGAGGGGCGUGACAGAGCUGUUUGGGGUGAACCCAGCAGAUGUGGACGUGAUGAUGGGCACCUUCACCAAGAGCUUUGGGGCUGCUGGAGGCUAUAUUGCAGGAAAAAAGGAGCUGGUUGACUACCUUCGUAGCCGGUCCCACAGUGCCAUGUACACCUCAGGCAUGUCUCCUCCUAUCGCUGAGCAGAUCAUAAGAACCAUAAAGUGCAUCACCGGACAAGACGGCAGCACAGAGGGUAUCAGACGCAUCCGGCAAUUGGCUCGGAACACCAGAUACUUCCGAGCCAAGGUGAAGAAAUUGGGCUUCAUCAUCUACGGCAACGAUGACUCCCCUGUGGUCCCCGUCCUGCUCUACAUGCCAGGCAAAGUGGUGGCUUUUGCUCGAGAAAUGCUUGCGAGGAAAAUUGCUGUAGUCGUGGUCGGCUUCCCCGCUACGCCGCUAACCGAAGCCCGCGCUCGCUUCUGUAUGUCUGCAGCCCACACCAGAGACAUGCUGGAUGAGGUGCUACACCACAUGGACGAGUUGGGAGACGCUCUGGGUUUGAAGUUCUCACGACGGAAAUAAUCCUCCUGUUCUGACCUCCUAAUUGAAGAUGACUUUGAGCCGGAUGGCUAAAGGGACCUCUUCACUUCACUGUGUCAAAACUUAACAAAUUCACACAGAAGAAGUUUAGACCACAGAAGUUAAGUCAGCACACUGAGUAUCAUUUGAUCAACAAAAGGUGAUUGUGUACACGGACAUUUGGAAAUGCAUUGAGGAAUAAGGUCAUACAUACUCCUGCGUAAUUUAACGACAUUUAGUAUAGAUUGAUGACACUGUCACAAAUGUAUUAAAUGUUGACUUGUCUAAUAUGGUCUCUUAUCCUGUAACGGAAAGUGAAAAUACGAGCCAGAGAUGAGUUAAAAAUAUUUGGCCAUCGGAAUCAAUGCGACUACAAAUGUAUCAUAUUGAGGUACCUCACUUGGGACAUGGCUAACAUGCGAGGAGUGCAGACAGCUGCGUGGACUUAAUACGAGUAUGUGUUGCGUGAGACGUGAAAAAGGGUCCAGACUUGGAGGGUACCACCCACGUUCAGCUCCAAGACAGCCAAAUAUUGGCAAGCUGCUUUAUUUUGUAAGUGUAAAAUGUUUUUUUUUUGUUCUUUGUAACAAGUGAAGGUUUGUAAAGCCUAUCCUGCCACAACUUUUAAUAUCAGCCAAUCUGUGUAAAACGUGUCAGCUCGAAUUUAAGAAAGGUCUUUUUUAUAUUCUUGAUCAAGAUAUGGAUUUGAAAAUGUUAUUCUCUUUUGUAUUAAAACACAUUUUCCUUCUAAAGAAA